GUGAAGCUUGAGGAGUCUCGCAUCUAGGUGCGAGGAGAUUAUUCAAAUAGGGCCCAAGGCGUAGAAGUAGGGAUUGGAGGCUUGCCUGGCGCACAGAGCUAUAUCACAGCGCUAACAGGCAGCUCGGAGCGUCAGUUCAACUCCAGUCACCGCACAGACGCAUCGCAGCGGCUGGCUCCGUGCAGACACCACAUGCGCCAGUCCUCCACGACGGGACACGCCGGCAGACGAUCCAAGCACGCCCAGUGGUCCCCAGUCACCUGCUAUUAGAGAGACUUUUUGGCUUUUCCUCAGCUGGGAGACGCUUCGUGGGGAAAGAAACGUUCCUCCAUGAUGCUUGGAGCGGUUAAAAUGGAAGGACACGAACACACCGACUGGAGCAGCUACUACGGAGAGCCCGAGUGUUACACCUCGGUUGGCAACAUGAACGCGGGCCUGGGGAUGAACUCCAUGAACACCUACAUGAGCAUGUCCGGCAUGAGCACCAGUGCCAACAUGACGGCCAACUCCAUGAACAUGUCGUACGUCAACACGGGCAUGAGCCCCUCCAUGACCGGCAUGUCACCGGGCACCGGGGCCAUGAACGGCAUGGGCCCAGCGGGCAUGACGGCCAUGAGCGCAGCCAUGAGCCCCAGCAUGAGCCCUAUGACGGCGCAGCCCUCGUCCAUGAACGGCCUGACAUCCUACAACACCAUGAACGCCAUGAGCCCCAUUUACGGACAGUCGAACAUCAACAGGUCCAGAGAUCCUAAGACCUACCGCAGGAGCUACACGCACGCCAAACCGCCGUACUCCUACAUCUCCCUCAUCACCAUGGCCAUCCAGCAGUCUCCCAGUAAGAUGCUGACACUGGCCGAGAUCUACCAGUGGAUAAUGGACCUGUUCCCUUUUUACCGACAGAACCAGCAGCGCUGGCAGAACUCCAUCCGCCACUCUUUGUCCUUCAAUGACUGUUUCCUCAAAGUGCCCAGGUCGCCGGAUAAACCGGGGAAGGGCUCCUUUUGGACUCUGCACCCGGACUCCGGGAACAUGUUUGAGAACGGCUGCUACCUGAGGAGGCAGAAGCGCUUCAAGUGCGACAUCAAGAAGAUGACCACGAAGGACUCGGGUCGCAAGGGAGGCGACGGCGGCUCCUCCAGCUCCGAGAGCUGCAACGGCAACGAGUCCCCGCACUCCAACUCCUCCUCCGGCGAGCACAAGCGGUCCCUGUCGGACAUGAAGGCGAGCCAGGCGAUGAGCCCGGAGCACGCCACCGCCUCCCCGGUGUCGCAGGGCCAGCACCUCAUGGCCCAGCAUCACUCGGUCCUGGCGCACGAGGCGCACCUGAAGCCGGAGCACCACUACUCCUUCAACCACCCCUUCUCCAUCAAUAACCUCAUGUCGUCGGAGCAGCAGCACCACAAAAUGGACCUAAAGACUUACGAGCAGGUGAUGCAUUACUCCGGCUACGGCUCCCCGAUGGCCGGGGCUCUUUCCAUGGGGUCCAUGGCGGGGAAAGCCGGCCUGGAUUCUUCAUCCAUACCUGACACGACUUACUACCAGGGCGUCUACUCCAGGCCGAUCAUGAACUCCUCAUAAACUCCCCACAGCCUCCACCUGGACUCUCUCCCUCCGAUUUGUACAUUUGUAAAGAAAAAAUAUAGAGUUUGUGUACAAUAUGUAUUUCAGAUAUUUUUUGAUGUUUGCCACCGUUUUAGUUGUCGAGUUUGUCAGUAGCCUAAUUAUUUUCAGAAUAAGGGAGUUGACAAUGAUUAUAAUAAUGAUGAUAAUGAUUAAAAAUGAUAAUGAUAAUGUGACGAGAUCUGUUCAGCGGUCGGCUUCAGGAAUGGACCCAAAGACAAAACAUAAAACUUGCUGUAAAAUAAAAUUGCCUCCAUGCGCAUUGUUCUACAUGAAUUUAAAAUGCCUCGCAGGAUUUCUUCAAUCAUUUGUGUAAUUCCUAUUUAUGGCUUGUAUAUGUGUAUUCUUGUAGUGACAAGAACAGAAUCUAUAUUAAAGUGUUAUUGGUUUUGUUUCCUGAA